CGAGGCCGCGAUGGCCCAAGCCCGGCCCCGGCUCGUGCGGCUCCCUGCCCGCGCGCCCUGAAUGGCCCCGCUGCUUGCGCGGCAUGCCUUCGGGCUCGCAGGACCGCUGGAGGCCCAGGCGGUAGCGCACGGGCGCCCCCGGGCUGCCCGCGGCGGCGGCGCGGCGCCCGUGGCCUGGGCCGCCGCUGCGGUGCCGGGAGCCGGCCGCGGCGCCGCGCCAGCGAGGGGCCCAGCCGGCGGUCGCCCGAGGCCAGGCUCCGAGGCGAGCUUCUUCGGAGGAGGCCCUGGGCACGGCGGGCAGGCGGGCCGCCCCGCAGCCGGGCACGGCGGGCCGCUCACCCCGGAGGAGGAGCACCGGCAGGCCGUCGCCAAGCGGGAGGCGGAGAAGGCCGCCCUGCGCGCGCAGAUCCAGGCGCAGGAGGACCUCUACCAGCAGCAGCGCGGGGUGGAGAGGCACCACAGCGACACCGAGGAGCAGAUCGCCCAGCAGAAGGGAGCAACAGGGGCGCGUCUUACCGAGGGCCAGGAGCAGCUGGUGCAGCAGAAGGCCCAGGCACAGCAGCUGCAGCACGAUGCCAUCAUAAAGGAGGCCGAGGCGCUGAAGGAGAAGGAGCGCCUUCUCCAGGAGCUGCAGGCUCUGGAAGGCGAGAUGCACAUGAGGAUGAGGCGCCCGCCCAUGGUGUCGGUCGAGGAGGACGGGAUUCAAAGUGCACGGGCUCCCCCGCCCCCUCCUCCCGGACCCUCCCCUUCGUCCCCCUUCUCCCCCCUCUCAUUCCCGCCCGCUCCCCCCCCCUCCCCUCGAGUCGCCGCUCCUUGCCCUCCCCUCCCUCAUCGUCCUCCUCCCCACGCCCCCUCC